GCAAAGGCAGGAAACAGAAUCAGGUCCUGUGCCCAGCAGGAAAGAUGGCUGUGCCCUGGAAAAUAUUACUGGUUCUCUCAGGUAUCUAUAUCCAGGCAGCUGACACAUGGUGUUCAUUAAAGGAUAAAAUCUACAUCGAUAAGCCAGUCAGUAACCCUGACGUACUGAAGUUUGCUUUGAGUGCAUUCAACAAUCAGAGCAAGGAUGAAUAUGCCUACCGGCUGAUGGAGAUCAUGACUUUCUUUCAAGUACAGGAAAAACCACUACAGACUUUCUUCCUGAAGCUGAGGCUGACAAGAACCAUCUGUAAGAAAUUCGAGGAAAGCCUAGACACCUGCCCCUUACCUGAACUGGAAAAUAUUCUCACCUGUUCCUUCAGCAUCAAGAGCCCAGGCUCAAAACAUUUCAACCUGUUGAAAAUGACUUGUUCUGAGGGGCUUCUCUGACUGGGAUCCACCACAAGGAUCUACCUACAGCAUUGAUCCAGGCCUGCUCCUUUUUCUGAAGAUACUUGCCAUUCAUAGGAAUCAGCAAUCACAGGCUUAAGAAGCUCUGCGAGUGUCUGCAGUUUCGUGUGUCCUGGCAUUUUAGAAAUGUUCUUUUGUACAGACUCAUCAUAUAGAUUAGCUCAUUAAACACCAGCAUGUAAU